AUUCACAACCCCACCAGCCAACCAUGCUCAUCAAACCCGACGACCUCACCCACCACCACACCGACCUCCAAUCCAAAACCCCCUCCCCCUCCUCAUCCUCCUCCCCAACCCCAACCCCAAGCACAACCCCAAGCACAACCUGCUACGUCCUCCCCCUAGCCACCCUGCACCACGACCCCACCAUAACCAUCUACACAGCCUAGGACGGCCCCGAACUCCUCGGCUGCGGCGCCCUCAAACACCUCUCCGCCACCGAAGGCGAGAUCAAAUCCAUGCGCACAGUCACCGCGCAUCAGCGAAAGGGCGUGGGUCGGGCCAUCGUGCAGCAUAUUAUGGGCGCUGCCAGGGAGAGGGGGUAUGUGUGGUUGAGGUUGGAGACGGGGAGUGGGGGGACUUUUGAGGGUGCGAGGAGACUGUAUCAGGGACUGGGGUUUAGGGCUUGUGAAGCAUUUGGGGA